AUGAUCACUUGGAGUAUUUGGUUAAGGAACAAAUAUAUACUUGCUGUUGGAGCUGGAAAAUACGGUUAUAAAGGAUUAAUUAAGGUUAGACUAAUCAAGAAAAAGAACUGUUAGUAUGAGUUAAUAUAAGAUAAGAAAAAGCUUAUUGAAGAGGGUUGGAUUUAUUCGAUUGCUAACCUUAAAUCUAAUAGAAUAGCUGCAAUUAUUAGGUUAUAAAUUUGCGAUUAUCUCUAGAUAUUGAAUAUUAAAAAAGGUUAUUUGAUUUACUCCAUUCAAUUAUAAAAGAGACCACAUUUAUUUCCAAUUCAUUAAUACAAUUUCAACUUGAAUCCUUUUGCAUUUAUUCAAGAUUAAGAAUCGAUUUCAAUAAUAAAUUUGAGAAAUUACAGCAGUACCAAUUUAAUCGCUCUUAAAUUUUCUGAUUUAAAAUCUCGGAAAAAGUAGUAGAGUCUAGUAAAUUACAAGAUCAAGGGCAAGGAGAAUUUUAAUACGUAUAAACUUAUUUACUUGAAUAAAAUGCAAGAAUUAACAUAAAUUAGAGAGGUAAAGAUAAAAAUACCUUGA